AUGUCGUUGUUGUCCACGCCCCGGCCAAAAAAUACGCCCAUCUCUCCUCCGUGGUGGAAAUCACCGCCGCCGUCGUCGACGUCCACUCCUCUUCCCAAAACAGAGUCUUCACCGAGCACGCACGGUUCCUGGUCCUUGCCGAACGGACCUUCUCCCACUUCGGUAGUGCCCGGCGGAUCGUGUGUCAUCCUCAGCGGAGAUCACGUCACCAAAUACAGCAAACUAUACAAGACCGAGAUUCGCCGUCAACUAAGGGGGCUACACCAAGCCAUACAGAACAUCCAAGUCCUCUCCAAACUCUACGAUGGUUCGCACAAGAACCGCGCCCCUUUCAGUUUCCGCGAAACACUAGGGAAAAUCUUCGACACGGAAACCUUUACCGCUAGGACGUCUUCGUUGCGACAUCCAUCACCGCAAGGUGUUCAAGAAUGGCGGUAUGAGGAGUUUGCUACGGAAUUAGAAUGUCAAUUUCAACAAGGCUUUCGUUGGGAAUUGCUCAACGUGGAAGUUUUGAAUUCACCGCGGACCAUUACCUUUCUAGUCCGUGCGGUAAACGCCGAUACCGAUGUUACGUUUCUCAAUACAGCCUACGUGCAAGACGGUAUGAUUUGUCGGAUCGAGCGGCAAAGGACAAAUUACGAAAUACAGCCGUUGAUUGAGAACCUUGAAGCCUAUUUUCAACUUUUCAGCGCCGGCGAUCGAACAAAUACAGUUCCCAAGGACUUCACACGCCGCUUUGAUGCGAUCUACGACACAUCGGCAGUAUCGCUCAGCAAGCAGGGCUUGGUCUCUCGCGAUCUCAUGCACGAGUCGUGUAUCAUGUUGCUAGAGCGAGGAGCGCAGUUGGAAUUGACCGGAUACCGCGCCCACGAGAAGGGACUUUCCUAUACCGUCAAAUGCCGGGGCCAAGGUCACGCCUUUACUUCCCAGUCUUUGGCAAUCGUGGAGCAAGGACGGAUAGUCCGGGUCGAGCCCUUGAAAAAGAAGGAUACGAUGUAUAGCAAAGUAGCCAAGAAACCCGUUCCGGAAGAGUUUACCAGUACCAUGCAUGCCAUGGAAAAUUUGAAGAAGUUCUUUGGCCUGUAUCAAGGUAAACGCAAGAUUCCGACGGAAUUUCAAGGCUUGCUCGAAAUGACGUUUGAUCCCUUGCUCGCGGCUCGAGUACCGGGUAGCCAAAGCAGCACCAACGAGUCCGACAACGAUUCUACUGACGAAACUUUGGACUAUCGUGAACUCCGUGAGGAGUUCGCAGCUCACUUCAGAUCUGGUUUGACCAUGAAGAUCAUUGAAAUGGCACGCGUAGCACCCGGGCUCAUUUCGUACACUAUUCAAGCCUUUAACGCUAUAGUUGAUUUCACCUUUCGAUCCCUGGCGCAAGCGAAGGAUGGCAAGAUAGUCCGGCUGACGAGGCAAGGAACGCACUACUCCAUCUUUCCGCUCCUGAAGUCCUUUCGUGACUACGUUGCCUUGUUCGCGGAUGACAGGCUUGUUCAGGACGACUGGCAAGAACGACUUGAUGCGUUGUUCAGCAAGAACGAGAUUACUAUUGAAACGGGCGAAGAUACGAUUGAUUAUAAUCGUAUAUGUGCUUCUGUACCACAUUUUCUUGAACGACGCGGUCAGGUUCAUCUCAGAUCGUUGGAGCGACAGAAAAAGGGUGGUUUUGAGUACACCGUUACAUACGAAACGGACGAGUAUGAAGAGACGGUGAAAGCUCGUGCCGUCGUCUACCGUGGUCAGAUCGUCCGUAUUGACGUACUGGAGAACGGGUUGUUUUACGAGAACCUGUACCGGUACGGCAAAGAGGAAGAUGAAGUGGAAGGAAUUGAACCAACCGAAGAACUGACCGAAACAACUUACGAAGAGUACGAUACUGACUGUGAGCAAAGCUUGGACAGAGUUUAG